GCCAGCAGCGUCACUGGCGGGAUCGGGGCUUCCUGUCAGUCCAGGUAAGGGGGCGGGGCUUCACGGCUCAUCAAGGUGUGGUCCGGGUUGUUUUUAGCAGCAGUUUCAGUCGAAGGAGCUCAGGUGAAGACAAACAGGUGAGUCCCACGGAGGUCAGCGCGAGCUGCUCACCUUCAUCUGAACGGAGUUUUGCUGUUUUUAACGAUUCUAAUCCAGUAGAUUCUUCAGGAAUGUCUUCCUCCAGACACAAAGAAAGUCCUCCUCCCUACGAUGAAGGGGGAGCCUUCAUCGCCCCGUCCCAGCCGGCGUACUCAUACUACGCCGACGAGGAGAUCCAGCACUUCUACCGCUGGACGUCCCCGCCGGGCAUCAUCAAGAUCAUGGCCAUCAUCGUCAUCCUCCUGUGCGUGGCCAUCUUCGCCUGUGUGGCGUCCUCGCUGGCUCACGACAGCGCCGGCGCCUUGUCCAGCUUUGGUGGCUACGCACCAGGAUACGGUGGCGGCGGAUACGGCGGCAGCAGCUACGGCGGCGGCGGAUACGGCGGCAGCAGUUAUGGUGGCGCUUAUGGCGGCGGGUACGGCGGAUCGUCGUACGGCGGGAUGUACACGGAUCCCCGGCAGGGCAAAGGGUUCUUCAUCGCUCUGGCAGUGAUCGUCUUCAUCUUCGCUCUGGUCGUCUUCAUCAUCAUCGUGUCCCACCAGAGUUUGUCGGAGAGCAGGAAGUUCUACCUGGCCACGGUGAUCAGCAGCGCCAUCCUGGCGCUGCUGAUGUUGAUCGGCACCAUCGUGUACCUGAUGGCGGUGAACCCCUCGGCCCAGUCGUCCGGCUCGGUGUACGGUAACCAGAUCGCCAUGCUGUGCGCUCCGUACACGCAGCAGCAGAUGCAGGGCCCGUUGGUCAACCAGUACCUGUAUUACUACUGCGUGGUGGAGCCUCAUGAGGCCGUCGCCGUCGUGUUCGGGUUCCUGGCCACCGCCGCCCUCAUCAUUAUGCUGGUCUUUGCGGUGAAAACUCGCCAGAAGAUCAUCAGCUACGGGAAGAACAACAUCUUCUGGAAACGAGUGAAGAACGUUGAGGAAGAGGCUCCUCAGGAUGUAGCCGCCUGGGUGAACGAGACGGCGGCUCCUCGUUCAGAAGACGGUUUGUCCAGCUAUCCCGAGAAACGGAGAGGUUCCACCAACUAUCUGGACGAGGAAAACAUCUAUGACAGACCUCCGUCUGCCGAAACCCCUCAACCCGUACUCGAGCAUCAAGCGCUGCAGAACGCUGCUCCUUACAACAGUUCCUCUGAGAUUGCCAGUUCAUACGGAAUGCCUAAAAAGCCGCGUCCAGGACGGCCGCGCCGCAUCAACGGACAGGACUACGACACCGACUACAACUCCUCUGGAGACGAGCUGGACGACGACGACUUUGACGGUGAAUUUCCUCCAAUAAGAAACGAACAGGAGCGCAACAGCUACAAGCGGGAGUUUGACAAAGAUCAUAACGAGUACAAGAGCCUGCAGGCAGAGCUGGAUAACAUCAACAGGAAGCUGUCGGAACUGGACGGAGAGCUGGACGAGCUGGAGGAGGGAAGCCCGCAGUACCUGGAUACUUUGGAGGAGUACAACUUCAUCAGGGACUCCAAGAAGAAUCCAGACUACCGCAUGAAGAAGCGCAGGUGUAAACACCUGAAGGCCAAACUGAACCACAUCAAGAAGAUGGUCAGCGACUAUGACCGCAGAGCCUGAACAGGCCUUUGAGGGCCCAUCAACCACUGUAAGCCGGGACUGGCACUUGUGAGGGAACAGCCCCCCCUUCAGGACAUCAUCAUAAACAACAGUCAGAACAGCGGCGGGUCCAGAAGAGGAGGAGCCAAUCGGCUGCUUCUGAAAGUUGCUUGUAUUUAUUAGCCUAAUGUGAAGCGGUGCGGCGUGAACAUAACGCCAUGUGUGUGGACGGUUUGAGAGGGAAAUCACUGUUUAAUUCUCUUUGAAUCUUUAUGUUACUCUGUGUAAAUACGAGGGCUUGUUUUACCACGGCUUGUUUUUUAUGCAACAUAAACACUUAAACGUGAUUUUUAAUCUAAGACAUUGAUGAUCUUUAAUGACUUUUAAUGCUUUUUUGUAAUAAACAAAUCAAUUAAGAACUUUUUUAA